AUGGCGGCAAUGGCGGCGCUCUUCUUCAGCAGCGCGCUCUCCAGCACCAGCGCGGUGGCGAUGGCGACGGCGGCCCCAGUGCCGUGGCCGGUCGCGGGGACGGUCCCUCUGGCGGAGCUGCUGCGAAAUCUUCCGGCGCUCAAGGAGGUGAGGGUGAUGAAGCAGCAGGAGCAGCAGCAAAGCGAGGCGGAGCUGCGCUGCAUCGUGGUGGGAAGCCUGUGCGAGAAUGCGCGCGUGUACAAGCAGCCGGCGCUGGGCCUCCUCACGGCGCUGCGAGACGAGCGCGAUCCCGGAUGCACCAUCAAGCUCCUGGUGUCGAAUUUCACGCUCUCGUCUUCCACCGACGCGGAUGCCCGCGCGUGGUUCCCUCGGGGAGCGGUGGUGAGAAUCACGGAGCCGCGGGUUCUUCUCGCUGGAGCAGUGGGAAUGGCGAUGAUGGUCGACAAUCCAGCGUCCGUGGAGAUCGUGGGCUAUGGCGAUCUGGCCAACGAGGAUGCGAAUUCUCUGUGGAAGGAAGCCAAUGCUGCGUAUUCGCGUGGGGAGUACCGGAGAGCGGCGUUUCUCUAUGUGGAGUGCGUGGAGCGUGGAUUUCCCGGAGCCUUGCAAGCUUUCUCCCGUAGCAGCGAGGCUUGGCUCCGGCUGGGAUUCCACGAGAAGGCCUUUCUCGACGCGAGCAGGGCUCUGGCUGUGAAUCCUUCGCAUUUCCAGAGCCUGUUCGUCAAGGGACAAGCUCUGCUCGCCAUGCAAGAGUAUGCUAUGGCGCUCGAGUGCUUGCAAAACGCGGGGAAAGUUCUCGCCGCGUCCCCGGACGAACAAGGCAUGGCAAGAAAGGUGGCGGAAGCUUGCGAGCGCUGCUCGGCACUACAAGAACAAAGCGUGACCGGCGCUUACGAUCUCUCACAGUUCCUGCUCGGCGGAAGGAAUCCAAGCCUCGCUCCAGUGCUCAGCGACUUCGUGGGAUCCGUGAGGCUGCAGCUUGUCCAAGGCAAGGGACGGGGCUUGUUCGCCACCAAGGACCUCAAAGCUGGCGACCUCGUCCUCGUAUCGAACUCCAUCGCCCGCUCGACCAAAGGCGGCCUGGAGUUCCACGCGAAGAUUGGCCGGGUUUGCGCGGCAAACCGGCGAGUCCUCGCGCAGCUCACGGCCUUCUUUGACGAGAGGGAGAUGUUUGGCAUGGAUCUGUUCCUCCCAAACAGCGGCUGGUUCCAGGCACAUGACGAUCACUCCACGCCAACUUCGUCGUAUCGCUACGUCUUCAAGGAGCUGGGAAGCAGGAAUGGCCUGUGUCCUCUCGCAACCAUGAUCAACCACUCGUGCCUCCCAAACGUCUCGAGGCAUCCGGUGGGAGGAGCUCUCUUCGUGCGAGCUGGGAGGGACAUCUCCGCCGGGGAGGAGCUCAUCACUAGCUACGUGAAUCCAUUCCAGCCGCUGGCCCAGCGGCGCAAGCAAAUGGCCGAGAGGAACUUCAAGUUCGUGUGCCGCUGCGACCGGUGCAAGCUCGAGGAGAGGAUCGAGGCCGAGAAGCCGGGGGUGGCGACGAGAUACAUCAGCGCUCUGCAAAACCGGGGGGAUCCAAGCGCGGCUCUCAUGGAGAUGGUGAAGAUCUCCGAGGAGCUGGACUCCAUGGUGGAAGUCGGCAAGACCAGGGACUGGAUAGUUUCCUCGUAUCCAUACGUCUACUGGACUGCCGGCUAUCUCUCCCGCGGGAGCAAGGCCGAGAAGGAGGCGAGGCUGGAGAGCGCGGCCGCGGCGUUCCACGAGACUGCCCCGGGGGACUUGCUCACGCUGCGGAGGAUGGUGGAGCUUUGCAGCCCCGGCGGGAGUGACUUUAGCGGCGGCCCCGUGCACUGCAGCCGUGCCAUGAGGGAGAUCUUGGAGCGAGAGGCUGUGUCGUGCUUUGGACACCAUAACCAAGAGGUGCUGGAUGCUGUGAUACGUACCCCCGGUGCUACUGCCGCGGGAGAUCUCUCGUUCUAG